AUGGCAAAAGGUAUCCGAGCUUUAUUGGAUACUGUUAUUCAAGCUCUUCCACAAGUAGGAAAUUUGGGCCUAUUAUUCUUUCUUCUUUUCUUCAUAUUUGCUGCACUUGGUGUUGAAUUAUUUGGAAAAUUAGAAUGUAGUGAGGAACGUCCAUGUAUGGGUCUUGAUAAACAUGCACAUUUUAAAGAUUUUGGUAUGGCAUUUUUAACAUUAUUUCGAAUUGCAACAGGUGAUAAUUGGAAUGGAAUUAUGAAAGAUGCUUUACGUCAAGAUGAUUCACCCAGUGGUGUUAAAAAUCAAUUUGUAACAGCCAUAGCUCCAGUUUAUUUUGUUAUUUUUGUUCUCAUGGCUCAAUUUGUUCUUGUCAAUGUAGUUGUUGCUGUAUUAAUGAAAAAACUUGAUGAAUCAAAUCGUAUGAUGGCUGAUGAUCAAGAAAUUGAUGAAGAAAUUGAAAGACAAUUAGAAGCUGAUGCACAUGAUAGAAAUUAUUUUGAACAACCAUUAAUUGAUGAUAAAGAUCUAGAUUUUCUAAGUGACAGUACAACUCAAUAUUUUCCAUUGACAAAACAAUUAUCUUUACCACCGAAUUUUACAUUUCAUUCAACGAAUUCUCAUACACUACGUCGACAAAAGAAGCUUAAACCAAUCGAAGUAGUUAAAGGUUCAUCAUUAUCAUCAGUUGUUGGUUCAACAUCACGUUUCUUAUUAUUACAAAUGGAAAAACCAUUAUUAACUAAUCAUGAUGAAGGCAAUCUUCCAUCCGAUAUUCGUACAAGUACAGAUGUUUUAUAUCGACCAAGUCCA